AGUUUAUGAGAACCCAUUUUCAAUGUAGCUUAAAAUGUGUAAAAGGAUGAAACAUCAUCUGAGUCUGUGUCUGACUCAUACGUUAACCAGUCUCAUUUUACUAUUUACUGCUCCUGCUGGCCUACAUCAUCUGCUCAUCUUCCUCUGCAUGGUUAAACAACAAAAGAUCUGUGUGCAUUCCUCACGUGAAAUUCAUUGCAUCACACCUCUUCCGAAGGUCCUGAAUGCAUUACAGUGUCAUUAGGGUUGAUCUGAAGAAGUUUAAACUCAAACAGAAAUUCCUGAUUUUGAGUAGCAGAGAGGGGAAGAUGAGGUAUCCGAGGUUCCCUUUUAAUGGUGGAGUUUAUCAUCACAGGUUUUUGAUGGUAGAAGAAGAUAUUGGCAGCAUUUCGAUGAAUUCUUCGUAUUUUGAUGGAACAUACGGUGAUCUCUAUAAGCCAGCACUAAUCAUUGGAGGGGUCUUUGUUUUGGUUUCAUUGUUUCUCUCAAUUAUACUCAUGUUGCAACAUCUCCGGUGGUAUACUAAUCCUCCGGAACAAAAAUGGAUCGUAGCUGUGCUUUUCAUGGUUCCGUUUUAUGCUUGCGAGUCUAUUAUAUCAUUGUGGAACCCGAAAUUAUCUGUGGCAUGUGACAUCUUAAGGAAUUGCUACGAAGCCUUUGCCUUGUAUUCUUUUGGUAGAUAUUUGGUUGCCUGCCUAGGUGGUGAACGAAGAGUUGUACAACUCCUUGAAUAUGAAUCAAGAAAACAACUCUCUGAACCAUUACUAGAAGAAGAGAGCCAGAAUAAGCCGUUAGAAAAUCCAUCAUUCAAACACUUUUUCCUCCGACCACAAGUUCUUGGAGAAAACUUGUACACAAUUGUAAAAUUUGGUCUUGUACAAUAUAUGAUUCUGAAGACAGUUUGUUCAUUCUUGGCAUUGAUAUUAGAGGUUUUUGGGGUUUAUGGAGAUGGAGAAUUCAAGUGGAACUAUGGGUAUCCUUACAUAGCUCUAGUAUAUAACUUCAGUCAGAUGUGGGCUCUGUACUGUCUCGUGAAGUUCUAUAACGCGACUCAUGAAAAGCUACAACCAAUAAAACCACUUGCCAAGUUCAUUAGCUUUAAAGCUAUUGUAUUUGCAACUUGGUGGCAAGGUAUGGGUAUCUCAAUACUGUGUGCACUUGGCGUUUUACCUAAGGAGGGGAAAUUUCAAAAUGCACUUCAAGAUUUUCUCAUAUGUAUAGAAAUGGCUAUUGCAGCAGUUGCACAUGUUUUUGUGUUCUCGCCCAAACCGUAUCGUUUCCUGACAGUCUCUGAACAAGGAAAAAUCACUUCCGUUUCAACCAAAGCCAAAGUGAAGGUAGAGCAGGAUGGUAAAGGGAAACCAGCAGUGGUUGAACAAAAGGAAACUCGGGUGGAGGCCCCUGGAACAAGUGUUAAAGAGAGCGUACAGGACAUCGUGCUUGGAGGUGGUCAACAUGUUGUCAAGGAUGUUGUAUUGACAAUAAACCAAGCAAUAGAACCAGUAGAGAAGGGAGUGACCAAAAUACAAGAAAAGUUUCAUCACAUUUCAAUAGGUUCUGAAAAGGAAGGACCUAAGGUAGAGGUUGAACAAAUAGAAGAAAACAUUUCAGGAGACGGAUCCAACUUGGAACGAUCUGAAGAGAAGAUAAUCACUCUCCACGAAAUUGACAGAUGAGAAAAUUGAAAAUAUGCUAGCUACAGAAUGCUUGAGGUGGUAGUUAGCUGUUUGCUGAAAAAAAUUUCAAGCGAGAGAUAAUUUGUAAGAUUAUUGUAGUAGACAACAAAGUGCCUUCGCCCUGUUAGCCAUCCAGCAGUAAUUUAUUUGUCAGUAAUAUAGGAAAUUUCUCA